CAGCGACUGAAUCACAUGAAUUCAAAGGGGAUUCCCGGAAUUUCUUUCAAUAUUAUUUCAGUAUUUGAUCUUCAGAUUCUGAAAUUUAUGGUUGCCUUGCCUAUUGACGUUUCUCUUGGAUCUUAUUUGUCGAGAUUUCAAAUGGCUCAACCACCACAUUAUAAUCCGCAAGGACCGCCUGCAAUGUCCCAACAAGGGCCAAGUUUACAACAGAUGCUGGGAUCAAAAAAUUUGAACCAGGGACCUGGUGGAAUUAUGAUGCCGGUACAGAGUUAUGCAAAUUUACCUCAAUCAACUCCUGAGAGAACAAUGAUUGAUGAUUUUGAAGCUGCAUUUCAAAGUUGCAUAGCACCUCUGAUUCCGGGCAGUGAUAAUCUUGGUAGUAUGCCAGUUACACCAGACAAGCUAAGAUCAAGUAUGGAUCAUUCAAUUCAACAAUUCACUGAACAAGCUCGUCGUGUUGAAGCUUACUUUCUCAAGAAGCAUGCAAUGGUGGCACAGCAACAACCUGAACUUAUACUACAAGAGGAAAUAGAGGAACUAAAAGAAGAAAUCGGACGUCGUGAGAUAACAAUUCGUGCACAUAUGAAUAGAGUGAAAUCUUGGCAAGAUAAUUUGAGAAACUUGCAAAAUACUAUCAAUGAUAGGGGCCCUGCUAGUAACUCUGGUGUUAAUAUUCCUCAAAGCCCUGCAACAUUGUCACAACAGCAACCGCAAGGUGGGAUGAUGCAUCCGGAAAUGGUUCAACAAAUGGCAGGACAGCGACGGUGAUAAUAUCAGUAGCAUAUUAAUAUGGGAAUAUGAAAACUACUGACAACCUAUGAAGAGCAUGUGAAACUUGAGUUCAUUUGAAAGUAUACGGAGUUCGUCAAAUGCCCUUUUGCCGAGAUGAAAACCUAAUAAAUCUGCAGUUAUCUCAAAUGUUAUCAGAGUUAUCAGGUCA